AUGUCAACUAGUGUAGUUGCCUAUUUUGCCUCCAACAUUCACCUCUCUCUCUCUCUCUCUCUCUCUCUCUCUCUCUCUCAAAAUGGCAAAUUGCCAUUUUCUUACCACUUGCCUUUUUUUCUUUUUAUAUUUUUCCAUUCAGUCUUUAAUAGCUCCUUCCCCUCCUCUUCUCUCCUUCCCCUCCUCUUCUCUCCUUCCCCUCCUCUUCUCUCCUUCCCCUCCUCUUCUCUCCUUCCCCCCUCCUCUUCUCUCCUUCCCCUCCUCUUCUCUCCUUCCCCUCCUCUUCUCUCCUUCCCCUCCUCUUCUCUCCUUCCCCCUCCUCUCCUCUCCUUCCCCCCCUCUUCUCUCCUUCCCCCCUCCUCUUCUCUCCUUCCCCUCCUCUUCUCCUUCCCCCCCCUCUUCUCUCCCUCCCCCUCCCUCCCUUCUCCUUCCCCCCCCCCCUCUCCUCUCUCCCCCCCUCUCCUCUCCCCUCCUCCCCUUCCCCCCUCCUCUCCUCUCCUUCCCCCUCCUCUCCUCUCCUUCCCCCCCUCCUCUCCUUCCCCCUCCUCUUCUCUCCUUCCCCCUCCUCUCCUUUUGUUCUCACACACAUGA